AUGAAACCGGAAGUUGUUCGGACCAUCAAGAUGGCGGCUCUCGGUAUUGACGUGGAGGACGAAAGUAUCUUGGCUUCGAUUUUCAGAGACUCUUUCCCAGAGAACUGGAGGGAGAAUCCAGAUUUCACGCUGUAUCUGUCCGAGCUCAGUACAUACGGAGUGGACAAGCUGAACCGCGAGCCCGAGCGCCUGGCGGAGGAGCGGGCCCAGAUCCUGGAGCAGACUCAGGAACUCGCUUUCUGCAAUUACAAAACCUUCAUCAAAACGGCGGAAUGCACCAAAGAAAUCUAUCGGGACUUCGGGCUGGUGGAGAAACACGUCUCCGCCGUGUUGGACAAACUGCCUGGGCUGAGCGAGAAAUGCAAGCAGUUCAUCAUGGAGACGGAGGAGACCGGCGCCAGCAGAAGAAUGAACAGCUUAACCCUCAACCGCCACACGGAGAUCCUGGAAAUCCUGGAGAUCCCGCAACUCAUGGAUACCUGCGUUAGGAACGGCUAUUACGAGGAGGCCCUUGAGUUAGCCUCUUACGUAAAGAGAUUGGAGAAGAAAUACUCUUCUAUUCCUGUCAUACAGGGAAUAGUGAAUGAAGUACGUUCCUCUGCACAGUUGAUGUUAAACCAGCUCAUCCAGCAACUACGCACCAACAUCCAACUUCCAACUUGUCUCCGUGUCAUAGGCUAUUUGAGAAGAAUGGAUGUUUUCACUGAAGCAGAAUUAAGAAUAAAAUUUCUUCAAGCACGAGAUGCCUGGUUGAAAUCCAUACUUGGCUCCAUAUCAGACAGUGAUCCUUAUUUCCACAUAACUAAGACGAUUGAAGCUUGCCGAGUUCAUCUGUUUGACAUCAUCACUCAGUAUCGUGCCAUUUUCUCAGAUGAAGAUCCACUGCUGCUUACCAGCAAUCACAUUGUGAACGAGAGCGCCAUUUUUCAUGGCUGGGUGGUGCAAAAGGUUUCUGAGUUUCUAGGAAUCCUGGAAAUGGAUCUUGAGAAGGGAAUUGGUAGCCGCUUAGAUUCAUUACUAGGCCAAUGUAUGUAUUUUGGACUUUCAUUUAGUCGUGUAGGUGCAGAUUUCCGUGGGCAGCUUGCCCCAAUGUUUCAAAAGGUUGCUAUGAAUACUUUUGUGAAAGCUCUUCAGGAAGCUAUGGAGAAGUUUCAAGAAGACAUGAAUUUGUAUACCUUAAUCUCUCCUCCAUCUAUGUUGGGGAGCACCAUCCAUAUGACCCUGCCAACUGAACAGCCAGGAACUCUGCAACCUCCAAUGGUGCUUCUAGACUUCCCUCCAUUGGCAUGUUUUCUAAAUAACAAUUUAGCAGCUUUUAAUGAUCUUCGGCUCUGCUGCCCCAUAGCACUUGCACAGGAAGUAACAAUCUGUUUGGAAGAUGCCCUUGUGAAGGUUACAAAGCUAAUUCUUGCUUUUCACCGAGCAGAGGAAACAGCCUUCAGUGCAAAAGAACUGGAGCUGUUUAUCCAAUUCUGUAUUACGUUUACCGAAGAUCUAGUCCCCUAUUUGAACCGAUGCUUACAGCUGCUUUUUCCACCAGCACAACUAGCACAGAUUCUUGGUGUUCCUCCCACUCAGAUUCAUAAAUAUGGUUCCAUUGGUUGCAUUAAUCAAGGCGUUAUUCUGGAUCUGCUUGAUUUUAUUCUCCCCAAAAAAGAAAUUAUAAUUCCACCCAAGAAAAGUCUUGAUGAGGAACUGGAAAAGAUCCUGACAGCAGAAAGCACAUUGCAUAGCCCUGGAUUAGAGACAAACAAUGAGUUACCAAGCGAACAAUAUUCUCCAGUCAUGUCUUCGGUUGUGCUGAGUGAGAGAACAGAGGAAAUAAAGCCAGGCUUAUCUGAUGUGGAUGAAAAUGCUUCGUCGUAAUCUUCGUUGUCGUCUGUUUUAGUUAGAAAUUGUGACUGGAUAUAGCAAUGAUUGGGGUCUGGGAACACUGGCUCAUUAGAAUGCAGAAACUGCCAAAUAAAAUAUGUUAGUAGAUAGCCAAGGUGAGUUACAAACUUAUUUUUUAUUCAACACAUCAGAUUCAUUGUAAGUUCUUCGAUGAUCAAUAUAAUUUUACUAAGUAAUGAAAUUGGACACAUUUAUAAUCAUUUAUAAGCAUUCUGGAAUCAGUAAUUGCAUAAAAUGCAAAUGAAAAAAACUGAUUUCAUGUCAGAUUUUUUAAAGUUGGUCUGAAUUGUCUGGUGGGUGACUGUGGCAGUGUGUUAUACUACUGCUCUCCAUUAGUAGGUGACACAGAUGGUAGAAUUGCUGCCUGACUACUCCAGCAAUAUUGGUUCAAUCCUGAUCUCUGGUGCUGUGUGGUUUGCAUGUUCUCCCUGUGAUUACAUGGGUUCCCCCUCCCUCAGACGUUCCAAAUAUGUGCGAGUUAGUAGGUUAAUUGGCCACUACAGAUUGCUCUAGUGUACCUGUAAGUGCUUGCAUCUGGGAGAUUUGAUGGGAAUGGGGAUGAAUAAAAUGGUGUCAGUGUAGGGUCACUGCAGACCUAUUGGACUGAAAGGCCUGUUUCCAUGCUGUAUGACCCUAUGAGUUCUUGGAGCACAAACAGGCAGUUUCCAAUGAUCAAUGCUACAGAAAUGUACAAUCUUGUGUAGACACCAUGAACUUCUACACAGUUAUGGAGCCAAAAGAUGGCACUUCCCUGCAAGAAAGUUGAUGUUUUAACAGAUAUUUCAAGCCCUUUAUUUUUCCUUAUUUGGGUCCUUUAAGGUACUGUUCUUCCUUUUAGAAAAUUAAAUCUAAUGUUCAUGAUAAAAUAUUGAAUAAACAAUGUUUGUGUUUCACCUCAUGAGAUUAUUAUUUGAAAAAAAAGUAUCAACAUUAAAUCUUAUUUAAAUAAGCAA